ACCACCAACUGGCCUUUAACCUGGCCAAAAGUGUGUGCCUCCCUAAGGACAUGGAGCACCACUUGAAGCAACUGAAUACCGAAAUGAAAUCAAUUCGGUCUGUUUCCAAGUCCAUGGUCUUGGCCUUGCAAAAGAACAAUGUCACUUACCGGAAAGUCCAAGAGCUCCGCAAAACCACCAGGCAGGCGAUGGCGGAAGCCGAAGCAAGGUCGGCCGAACUACAACAAGCCAAAAAGAGAAUGGCCGAGCUGGAAGCGGAGAACGGCCGUCUUGCCGAUCUAGUUAAUUCGGCGGAAGCGGAGAAGCAGAAAGCUGCCAUUGUUAUGAAGGACAAGUAUUUACGGGAGUUGUUGAAGCUAGAGAAGAGAAAGGACGCCGAAAUGAGCGAACUGAAAAAGAAUAUGGAGGCGGUCGACAAGGGGGGGUACAAGCGAGGUUUCAAGGAGGCCGAGGAGGCCUACGUCAAGCAAUGCGAUGCCGCCAAGGAGCUUUUCUUCAAGUGCGGCUGGAGGGCGGCUGUGGAGAAGCUCGGUCAUGAUCAACAGACCGAGGUCUUCAACCCUCCAGAGUACUUUAUACCGAAGUCCCUUGCGGGGUACGCGGAUGCCAUGCAGCAGCAAUUCCUUGAAGGUUCAGAUACUGACGAAGAUUCUGCUUCUGGGGGUACUCCAGUUGAAAACGUGGAUCAGACAGAUCGGCCGGAGUCCAGAGUGGAAGAUCUGGCUAUUGAACAGCCGAAUGAAACUGUGGCUCCGGUCGAUGCCACCGUUGUGACUGAAGGAGUGCUGCCGCCAGAGACCGGUCUUCCAGUAGAUGCCGAUGCGGUUUUCGAUGCUGAAAUUGAUGAACUUUUCUCUUAGUUUUUUACUUUUUCUUCUUUGUAACCGAACUAAGCCC